CCACUGUUUGGUCACUAAAACCGACACGCGAACUUCAAGCCGGAACGCAGCAGCAGCGCAGCAGAAAAACCUUGAACAAAUACCGUGCCCGCAGACCAACCACAGACCAUACUCUCAACCAACUACCAUCCAACCUAGACUACUAAACAGUUAUGGAAGCUGCUAUUCGUGUUGUUGACGCCCUCAAGUCUUUCCGGGAAACCCGCUUGAGCACACUCAGAACUCCUGCAGAGUUCUUUGAUAUCCACCGUAUUUCAAGACCUGCAGAUUUUAACACGGCAGUAUCGCGACUCACAUAUAACACUCGGUAUUUCUCGGGGAACUACACUCUCAUCGUAGCUGCUCUUGCAGUAUAUUCCCUUAUCGCAAGUCCCCUCCUUCUCUUAUCCCUCAUCUUCCUCUUUGGAGGCUUUGCUGUCAUCAACCGUUUUGAGGAAGUCUAUGGACAAGUCGUCACUCAAAAGACCCUCUACACAGGGCUCUUCGUGAUCGGCAUCCCCCUCCUGUGGUUCUCCUCUCCAUUCAUGACUUUAUUCUGGCUCAUCGGAGCAUCCGCGUUUCUCAUUCUCACCCACGCAUGCCUGAUCGAACCAGGUGUCGAGAGCGAAUAUGCAAAUAUCGAAGGAGCAGUGUAAAUGCCAUCGAGAAAGGGAAUGAGCACUGAGUGUGUGGUUGUUGUAUUCCUUCGAGAUUGGACUAUUUCUAUUGUUUUACCGAAUCCCAAUUCCGGCCACUCGUUCUUAUUCGUUGGUACCUUGUCUUCAGUCUAGGCGCAUAUUUCCGUUGCUCAUAAAGGCGUGCAUAGAUUGUACGAAUUGGAAUGAGACGGACCGAAAGCUAGCUUCAUUGUCUACGUUUAGAAUAUCAGUACUA